AUGUGUUCCUAUGUUUCUGAAGACGACGUAGAGUACAAUUGGAAAAUGAUUUUGGAUUCAUGGGAUAUACCCAAUCCAACUUGUUUCUAUCAAAUUUGGGCUUGUGCUGUGCCGAGAACGGCAGACAUAACAACUGCCGAUUCGACCGUCAGCCCAAAAAACAAAACGAUUUCAAUCCAGUCUCGACAGGGAGUUUCACGAGCUCCCAAUCCACUCGGAUACGAAUGA